UUCGAUACAAGCUGGCAGUGCUGAAUUUUACUUUUCUUCUUUUUGAAAAAAAAAAUUUGAAUGGACUGCCAUUCUAUUGGCUUGUUAUCCUAUUGUCUAGUUUGACUAGACGGUUGGAAAUAAAAGGUUUGUCAGAUGGGAACUGAUAUCUUAAGAAACUUUUCAAAAAAAAAAAAAAAGAUGAGGAAUUAGAAUAGUAUUCAAUCCGUUUCCUUCUCGUAAGCUGUGUGCCCAUUGCCUAUAAAGAAAAUCAUCUCUCCAAUCUCCCAAACCAAAGAGUAAUAAGAGAGUUAAUAUUAUGCAAUAGAUUGCUAACACAAAAAAGCUUAAUCUCAGUUUGACAACCUGGCCUUUCACCUGUUCCUCUUUAACUGCACAAAGACAAGACAUCUGGCCACCUCUCCCUCUGUCUCCUUUUUCCUUCCCAACUAAAUUGGACGACCCCCAAUCCAAGCUUAGCUCCUAUAUUUACCCCUGAAUACACGAACCCGCUUCUGAGACGAUAAACCUCCCCCUGUUCCGUCCCUCUUUCUCUCUCUCUCGAUCGGUUGCAUUAUUUAAACCUUCAUUACCCUUUUCUACUUUCGCAUUGCUUAAUUAUUUUACUAAUUGUUACAUCUCUUCCACAAGUAGAACUACUCCACAAGCUCUCCUAACAUGGAGGCCAGUACCUCCCAUGACCCUGAACAAAACCCAGCAUUCAAUGCUCCCUUGCUAGACCACCCCUCCUCCGGCGGAGCGCCAUCGACCCGGAGUAGACCCUUGAAGGGUUUUGCAGUGAUCUUUGCUUCCGUCGUUUUCCUACUCUCAUUGGUCACAUUAAUCAUUAACCAAAGCCAAGAACCAUUACCGACGCUCAACAGGCCGUCACCUUCGUAUUCAAAGGCCCAGGCCCAGCCGAGAGGGAUCGCUGAAGGUGUGUCAGCCAAGUCAAAUCCAUCUCUUCUGAACGAAGUUUUGUUUAAUUGGACAAACGCUAUGUUUUCUUGGCAAAGAACAGCCUACCACUUUCAGCCUGAAAAGAAUUGGAUGAAUGAUCCUAACGGUCCAUUAUAUCACAUGGGAUGGUACCAUCUUUUCUAUCAAUACAAUCCUUAUUCAGCUAUAUGGGGCAACAUCACAUGGGGCCACGCCGUGUCAAGGGACCUGAUUCAUUGGCUCUAUCUCCCACUCGCCAUGGUCCCCGAUCAAUGGUUCGAUAUCAACGGUGUAUGGACGGGGUCUGCCACUCUCCUGCCAGAUGGCCAAAUCGUAGUACUUUACACAGGCAAGACCAAUGAGUCCGUGCAAGUGCAGAACCUUGCAUACCCCUCUAACCUAUCUGAUCCCCUCCUCCUUCAUUGGUUAAAAUACCCGGGUAACCCGGUUAUGCUUCCCCCACCCGGGAUUAAAGCCGAUGAUUUCCGGGACCCGACAACUGCUUGGCUUGGACCCGACGGUACCUGGCGGCUCACGCUGGGCUCAAAGUUUAAUACCACAAUUGGAAUCUCCCUUGUUUAUCAAACAACAAAUUUUAGGGAUUAUGAAUUAUUGGAUGGGGUUUUACAUGCAGUUCCGGGUACGGGUAUGUGGGAAUGCGUGGAUUUUUACCCUGUUGCAACAAACGGGUCGGUAGCGUUGGACACAUCCGCGCUUGGGCCUGGAAUCAAGCAUGUGUUAAAGGCUAGUUUGGAUGAUACCAAGGUGGACCAUUAUGCAAUUGGGACUUAUGACCUGAUAACGGAUAAGUGGACGCCAGAUAACCCGAAAGAGGAUGUGGGUAUAGGUUUGAGGGUGGAUUAUGGAAGAUACUAUGCCUCAAAGACAUUUUUUGAUCAGAAUAAACAAAGGAGGGUACUUUGGGGUUGGAUUAAUGAAACUGAUACAGAAACUGCUGACUUGACAAAAGGAUGGGCUUCCCUUCAGACAAUUCCCAGGACCGUUCUGUAUGACAACAAGACUGGAACCAAUAUACUUCAAUGGCCAGUGGAAGAAGUAGAGAGCUUGAGAUUGAACAGUACAGUGUUUAAAGAGGUGCUAGUUGAAGCAGGAUCAGUUGUGCCCCUCGACAUAGGCAGUGCCACUCAGUUGGAUAUACUAGCAGAGUUUGAAAUAGAGUCAUUGGUAUCUAAUACCACAGACGAAUUCAGUGAUUGCGGUGAUGGUGCGGUUGACAGGAGCAUUUUCGGGCCAUUUGGACUCCUGGUUAUAGCUGAUGAUUCACUUUCUGAGCUGACUACUGUAUAUUUCCGUCCAGUUAAUUCAUCUGAUGGCAAUCUCAAGACUUACUUUUGCGCUGACGAAACAAGGUCUUCUAAAGCUUCUGAUGUCUUCAAAGAGGUGUAUGGAAGCAAAGUUCCAGUGCUUGACGAUGAAAACUACAAUAUGAGGGUACUGGUGGAUCAUUCAAUCGUGGAAAGCUUUGCUCAAGGAGGGAGGACGGUGAUCACAUCAAGAAUUUAUCCAACCGAAGCCAUCUAUGGAGCAGCACGGCUAUUCUUGUUCAACAAUGCAACUGGAGUAAAUGUGAAGGCCACACUUAAAAUAUGGGAAGUGAAUUCUGCGUUUAUUCGUCCUUUCCCUUUUGACGAAACAUUGUAGAAAUGUAUUCUUCCUGUGCCAAUCCAACAUCAUGAUACAAUAUUACUACAAUAUCCUUUUGGAAGGUAGAUAUAUGUCUUCGUUGGGCUUGAAGCAAUAAACAUAAUAAUACAGAAAUAAUAU